GGUGAUUCCGAAAUUCAGCGUAGGUUGCCAUGCUUAAGCAGUCGCACAUGGUCAGCCACCAGAUUGGAGUUGCGGCGUGCGGACAAUCUAUACUCCUUGGAUUUCGUCUGUUGGUACACAGUCCUCGUAUAAAGCAGGUAGCACUUCUUCGAGGGUAUCCGACGCAACCUCUUUUUCAAAGAAGGUCAAGUACAUGCCAUUUGCACAGAACGACUAAAGCUGCCAUGGGAUCCCCAACUGUUCACACCUUCUUUGACGGCGUAUCCUCAACGUGCACAUAUAUUGUCGCAGAUGUGGCAUCCCGAGAGGCUGUCAUCAUUGAUCCUGUGUUAGGCUUCACAGUCGAAGGCACAAAGAUUGAUACCAAGCUGUCCGACGAACUACUUGCAUUCGUUGAGGAGAAGCAGUACAACGUGGUGCGCAUCUUGGAAACCCACGCACACGCGGACCAUUUGACGUCAGCGCAAUACCUCAAAUUGCGACUGGGAGGUUCGGUUCCAGUGUGCAUUGGAGAAGGGAUCACGCAGGUGCAACGCACCUUUGCCAAAAAAUAUGCCCUGCCGCCGUCUUUUCCAACUGACGGAUCGCAAUUCGACUGCCUCCUGCGUGACAAUGACACCUUCAAUCUUGGCACCGCCACCGUGCGUGCCAUUGCUACGCCUGGGCAUACACCAGACUCCAUGUCGUUCCUCAUUGGCGAUAUACUGUUUUGUGGUGACUUGUUGUUCAUGCCGGAUGUAGGAACUGCUCGAUGUGAUUUCCCUGGAGGGUCCGCAAAGGACAUGUACAAAAGCAUUCGCAACAUUUAUGCCCUUGCCGAAAAUAUCAAAGUCUAUGUGGGGCAUGAUUAUGCUCCGCCUGGACGUGAGGCCUCGUGGGAGAGCACGGUUGCCAUUCAACGGCAAAACAACAAGCAGAUAUCCGACAAGGUGACAGAAGAGGAGUUUAUUGCAUGGCGGGAGGGACGCGAUUCUACCUUAGGGCCGCCCCGACUUUUGCAUUACUCCCUCCAAGUCAACAUCGCCGCCGGUCAUCUUCCAGAGAAGGAGGGGGAUGGCAGAUUCUUCAAAGUUCCAAUCAAUUCAGUUGUCGAAUUUUGAAUUCCUUAGCAAUAGUUUUGCCGGUUCUUACAACCCCACAUUCCAAUUAGAAUAUUGAUCCCAAAUCCACAUCGUAAUAUCACGGCAUAAUAUCUUGUCCCAAAUCAUUCAAUCAAUUAGACGGUCCGAUACAUUGCCCAAACAUCAC